CUAUAUUAGUGUUCUCUCUGAGCUCCUCGAUUGCGCAGGGAAAGCACAGGAUACGAUCCACGAGGGAUCAUUUCACCCGGGAUCAUUCGUCAUUCCACAUUUCUCCUUAAGAAAUGUGCUAAAGAGGGGACAAAUGGGCCUUGAUGAAAACAAAGGAAAGAACACGAAGUUCCUGCAGCAUCAUUAGCAUCAUCAUUAUUUUGGCUGGAGCAAUUGCACUUAUCAUCGGGUUUGGUAUUUCAGGGACACACUCCAUCACAGUCACCACUCUCACCUCCGCUGGGAACAUCGGGGAAGACGGAAUCCUGAGCUGCACUUUUGAACCUGACAUCAAACUUUCUGAUAUCGUGAUACAGUGGCUAAAGGAAGGUGUUAUGGGCUUGGUCCACGAGUUCAAAGAAGGCAAAGAUGACUUGUCAGACCAGAAUGAAAUGUUCAGAGGCCGGACAGCAGUGUUUGCCGAUCAAGUGAGGGUUGGCAAUGCUUCUCUGAGGCUGAAAAAUGUGCAACUCACAGAUGCUGGCACCUACAAAUGUUACAUCAUCACUUCUAAAGGCAGGGGGAAUGCUAACCUUGAGUAUAAAACUGGAGCCUUCAGCAUCCCAGAGAUGGAUGUGGACUAUAAUGCCAGCUCAGAGAGCUUUCGAUGUGAGGCUCCCCGAUGGUUCCCCCAGCCUACGGUGGUCUGGACAUCCCAAGUUGACCAAAGAACCAACUUCUCAGAAGUUUCCAAUACCAGCUUUGAGCUGAAUUCUGAGAAUGUGACCAUGAAGGUUAUCUCUGUACUCUACAAUGUCACAAUCAACAACACAUACUCCUGUAUGAUUGAGAACAACAUUGCCAAAGCCACAGGGGAUAUCAAAGUAACAGACUCUGAGAUUAAAAGGCGGAGUCACCUAGAGCUGCUGGACUCAAAGGCUUCCCUGUGUGUCCCUUCUUUCUUUGCCAUCAGCUGGGUACUCCUGUCGCUCUCCUCUUACCUGAUCCUAAAAUAAUGUGCCUUGGCCACACAGAAACAUGCAAAGUCACUGGUACAACAGGAAUCUGCAGAACUAUUUCACCACAAGAUACGACCUAGUUUUAUAUUUCCUGGGGGAAAUGAAUUCAUGCCUAAAAGUCUGGAGUAUAUAAGAUCAAGAAGCAAAAAGAAGCCAAAAGCAACCCAUAGAAGACUCCAAUACGAAUAAGUAAAUCUAUCUUCAAAGACAUGUAUUAAAAGUUAGGAAAAUAAUUCAUCUGAACUACAGAAGCGUGUUAAGACUGCUGAGUAAAAUUCACAUGGAGACAAGUAUAUCUUCCCACCCAUGUCUCAGGGACCUCCCCUUACCAUCCUCACUUGGGGGGAGAGAGGAUGGGGUAUUGCAGUUCCCUGGCUCUAAAUCUUCAGUUAUCCUGCUGUCAUGUUGCUCU